UGUCCCCGAGGGCCCCCGCAGGGAGCUGGUGCCAUUGCGAAGGGAGCUGCCCAUCCUGGCACCUUGGGGGCCCCCAUCAGCAGAGUGCCCGAGCGCCACGCAGACUCCCAGUGCCUUGCUCCUCAGCACGCUCCGGGGAGCUGGGGGGGCUGCUGUCCCCAUUGUAGGGAUGGGAACUGACGCACAGAGAGACCAAGUGACUUCCCACGAUUACACAGAUCCCUGUUGGAAAGCCAAGUUCUGUGUGAGAAAAAGCAGAGCCCACCAAGAGUCACGGAGGAAGUGGCUGAAAGUCGCAUUCCUAGUCUCCUCUGCUGUCCUCGUUAGCCUCUUGAGCUGGAGCUACUUGGUCAGCGAAGAUGGGGUUGCCGAGGUUCUGGCUCAUUACAGCGAAAGUCUGCAGGACAGAUUCAUUGAGGUGCCCUGCUCCGAGGACUAUGACAGCCAUAAAAGAUUUGAAGGGUGCACUCCUAGAAAGUGUGGAAGAGGCAUAACAGACGCAGUAAUCACCAGGGAGGAAGCUGAAAGAAUCCGUAGAAUAGCGGAGAGGGGACUGUCCUUGGGAGGAUCUGAUGGAGGGGCUUCAAUAUUGGAUUUGCAUUCUGGAGCGCUUUCAGUGGGGAAACAUUUUGUUAAUCUGUACAGAUACUUUGGGGAUAAAAUCCAAGAAGUCUUUACAGAAGAGGAUUUCCAGUUAUACCGUGAUGUAAGGCGGAGAAUUCAGCAAACAAUAGCUCAGGCAUUUGGUAUCAGCUCCUCUUCCAUGUAUCUGACCAAGCCAACCUUCUUCUCAAGAAUAAACAGCACAGAGGCCAAGACAACGCAUGAUGAGUACUGGCACCCGCACAUUGACAAGGUAACCUACGGCUCCUUUGACUAUACAUCUCUGCUUUAUCUGUCUGACUACACUGAAGAUUUUGGUGGUGGUCGAUUUGUGUUCAUGGAUGUCGGUGCUAACAGGACUGUAGAACCCCGAGCAGGUCGGGUUUCCUUUUUCACCUCUGGGUCGGAGAACCUUCAUCGAGUGGAAAAGGUUCGCUGGGGCACUCGGUAUGCCAUUACCAUCUCCUUCACUUGCAAUCCCGACCAUGGCAUUGAGGAUCCAGUCUUAACAUAAUCCAUCCUGGGAGAGAAUGUGAGGUCGAAUGGAAUGAUAGGAGAAGCCCUGCGAGGGGAGAAAAUGGAGAUAAUUUCCUGUGUAAAUUCCCAAUCAAUUAAAAUUUCCCUACCCUGUAUUUAAUAUAAUGUAACAUCAUUUUCACACAUCUUCCUCCAUAAGUGUUGCAAACAGUGCCUUAAGGACCAUAUUUAAUUCAACAUUCUGUUUAAAAAUAGGGUGGGGUUUUUUUUAUUCGUCCAAUUGAGGAAACAAGUCCUUUUUUAUUUUAGGGUACUUCACUUUGAGGAAUGCAGAGAAAACAUAUUGAACCAAGUUCUGCUGGGCCCUAUCCCAUUGUUAGCUGGUGUAACAGACCAGAAUUUGGCCCUUUAAAUCUUGUCAUCUCCAUCUGGUCACAACACCUAUGAUAGAACAAGAAGGACAUUAUCCUCAUGUUGGCCAGCCGUUGUUCUUCUUGCAACGGAUUCUCUUAGUCAUGGGCAUUAUUUGCAAACACACAUGUGGUUUUGUCUACUGGAACUUACUUGAACUGUUCUUUAAAUUACUACAGAUAUUUAAAGCUAAACACGGGGGCGGGAAAGGGGGAAGACAUGGUCUUACCUCACCUAAUGCAGGUGAGGAGUGUUUAGUAUCAAAUAAAAUUAGGAAACUAAAUUGUCUGUUUGGUGAGUCAAUAGCCUAGGGCUUCAAAAGAGCAAUCUCAGUAGGGCAACAGGGAUGGCUAAAGUCAUAACAGGAUGUGUCGUAUUGGUCUUGGCUCUGAUCAGGAAGAAGCAUUUGAUGUACUUGGCCCUGGGGUGGUUCUUUUUUUUUCAGCUGCAUCUCCCUAGUGAACAUGAAAGUAGUUGCACUCAGCUGUUCGUGUGAAUUGUUUUGUUUGAGCAUUUUAAAUGUUUAAUUCUUUAAAUAUAAUUAAAGGAAAUUUCAAAAUGAAAAAUAGUUUCAAAUUUAAAAAAAUCUAAACAUUUUGGAAGUCUAAACAAAACAUUUUGAUUUUUUUCUUCAGAUUUUUUUUUUUAGGCUAUUCCACCCAAGACAAUUCUGUGACAUUAAUAAAUUCACAAAAUGUUUUGAGACCCCAAAGCUGCAUUUUUCAAUGAAAAUGUUUGUCUAAAAGUUUUGUUCAGCUCUAUUUUUAUUGGCUUUAAUUGGCAAUAAAGCACUUCAGGCAUUUGAUAUUUGAUUGAAGGGCGCUCUGAUUUCGUUGUCAUGCUUCACAGCACUCAACUGCAGUUGUGGAAUAGCUCCUAACUUUCUAGCUCAGAUAAUGAAUCAAGUUGUUCAGACGUUUCUGAACAAUUUGCUUUCGCCUAGUGUGAAGAUUUGCCCUUAACCAUGGAUGCUCAUCUAUGGUAUGUUUACUGGAAUAAUGUAUUUCAAGGACUUCAGAAAACCCUGCUUUGUGCCAUAAAUAUAGAACUAGUAGCAAAACAAAUGACUAAUCUUGUCAAUUACUUUGCUUUAUUGUGGUAAUUAAGGGAUUUGCAGAUUAGCAUUUUGAUAAUUUAAUUGUAGGAGAAACAAGAAGUUUCCUUAGAUACUGAGAUCUGAUGCAAGUCUUCUAUUGACAGUAUAGUGUGAAUUUGCGUCACUUCUGUAGAAGUCUGUUGUAAUUUGCUUACAGGAAACUGCUUUGUGACUGCCUGCAUUUCACAUGCUUUUGUCUCCUUUUUUUCUUUUUUAAUCCACUUAUGACAUUAGAUAUAUUUAAAUAUUGGAGGAUUCAUCUGCAGCUCAGUAAUAAAAGGUGGCUCUUCUCAUUGGUUCCAUUGGUAGAGUUAUCAGCUGACAUGCCUGCAAGGCGAGUCUGCAAUGAGUUUCUCAUUUAUCAGCACACCCAGACAGACUCUUUCCAUGUGAAAGAGGAAAACUUGUCAUAGUAGCUGGAUCUAAAGAAAUAAAAAUAUUAAAGUUAGUUGGAUAGCAUGUCUAAAGGCCUGAUCGAAAACCAGUUGAUGUCCAUGGAAAGGCUCCUAGUGACUUCAGGGACCUUUAGAUCAGGCCUUAAUUGUACACAUAUGCAAGAACAGGAUGAACAGCAGCAGAUUCCUUGGGUUAGUUUUGUUAUUAAAGCUAUCCUGUCAUUUAAACUCAAUUCUUCAGGUUUUUUAGUGAGUUACAAAAGAAUCUUCACUUUAAUUUGCCACUUUAAAGUGUUUAUUGGUUAUUUCUGUGUUUCACACAGACUGAAUUGUCUUGAAAAUAGCACAUCUUUCAGAACCAUCUUCUAAAAAGUACUUGUUUUAAUGCACCAGAGAUUAACAUAAAUUUGUUAUACAGUUGCGAGGGAGGAAUCUUAAGCAGUUCCUCGUUCAGGUUUUUCAUACUUCAAAGACUGCCUACAGGACACUUUGCAUCUUCUUCAUACUGUGAAUUAUGACUGACAUUAAAACAUAUCUAAGAACAA